AAAACUGUCCACAUACAAAUAAUGAUUCAUACAAUGGACUAACCACAAAGUAAUUUUUCUGAAAUUGUGGCAUUAUUUAAACACGCAUCUUGGAUUUUUUAAUUUAGAAUUUGAUCUGAAUGCUACCUAGUAGGCACGUGAGGAUUUGGAGUAUCAAUUUAGUUUAUUCGGAGAAACCAAAGAUGAAUAUAGACCACGAAAGAGAAGAGGGUGAUAUGGAAGUCUGUGAUAGAUACUCGAGAAUGGUCGUACCUACGUUUUGCUAUAAACAAACUAGUGGUGUUGAUAAAUGCUGUUCAUGUAGAACUUAUAGGAAAUACGUGUUACAAAAUAUGGAAUUUAGUUUUAAAACUAUUGUAUCUGUGAUAUUAUUAACAUUGUUAUUAAGUCCAGUAGAUGUAGAAUGCAGAGCAGGUGCCUACAAGUCAGCCGAACAGUUCUAUGCCGAGCGAGGUGACCAAAUGGUGUCAUAUUUAGCAGAGUUUGGAUACCUCUGGGAUGCUAGUGCCGAAGCUGGACCGGCAGGUUUAACGUCUAUGGAAGCUUAUGUUAGAGCUAUAAAAAAUUUGCAAAAGAUGGGAAAUAUUCCAGAAACUGGUGUCGUAGACAGGAGGACAAUCGAACUGAUGCAAAAGCCACGUUGUGGUGUAAAAGAUGUAACGAAACCAGCACCAUUAACACGUCAUAGACGGAAACGUUACGUCACAGCACCGUCAAAAUGGGAGACAAACCAUCUCACGUAUAGGAUCGACAACGUUACACCAGAUCUAAGUUCUGAUAAUGUACGGAGAAUAAUUUCCGAUGCUUUCAAGGUAUGGAGUGAUGUAUCUCCACUUACAUUCACAGAGACGAUCAACGCCGACGCUCAUAUUUUGAUCCAGUUUGCAAAAGGGUAUCACCAUGACGGAUAUCCCUUCGACGGCAAAGGUUCGGUUUUAGCGCAUGCGUUCUUCCCUGGUGACGACAGAGGCGGGGACACACAUUUUGAUGACGCAGAAACUUGGACGUUUAAUUCAUCAGAAGGAGUUGAUCUGUUUAUGGUGGCUGCACACGAGUUUGGGCACGCGCUGGGUCUGGCCCACAGCAGUAACACGGAAGCGCUGAUGUACCCGUGGUAUCAAGGUUACGUUGACGGCUUUAAAUUACCCUAUGACGAUGUUGCUGGAAUACAGACGUUAUACGGUUCAAAGAGGGACGGGCCUCUGCCGCCACGACCCGACCCAACCCGACGUCCAACUGUAGUUACACCCGACGAUCGUGAUCAAGGUCGUGAUAGGGAUGGUUAUACUGUAAAUCCGCGUCCUCCUCCCCGGGAGCCUGAUGAUGAUAUUAACCCAUGUACACACUCUAUAGAUGCCAUAACUGUCAUCAGAAAGGAAGUGUUCAUAUUCAUUGGAUCUAAAUUUUGGCGCCUUGGAAUUAAUGGGAUAAGCUCCUCGCCGACAAAGAUUAAUCAGUUUUGGUAUGGUCUCCCGGAAGACGGCGUAGACGCUUUAUAUGAACGUGAAGAUGGAAAAAUCGUUUUCUUUAAAGGUAACAGAUUUUGGAUGUUUUCGAGUAAUCAUAUGGUAUCAAACUUUCCAAAAGAAGGCCGGAGUUUAACGGAACUAGGAAUUGACAAAGAAGUGAAGAAAAUCGAUGCAGUGUUUGUUUGGGCCUACAACAAGCGGACAUAUCUUGUGACUGGGGACAUGUACUGGAAGUUAAACUCUAAGGACGAUUAUAUUGAGUAUGACUAUCCCAGGGAUAUGAGUAUUUGGAGAAACGUUCCUGUACCGUUAGAUAGCGCUUUCCAACAUUGGGACGAAAAGACAUACUUCCUACAAGGGGACCAAUUUUGGGAAUUUUACGACAAUAAAAUGAGGACCCGCAAAAAGACCGGUAAACCGACUGCUAAACUUCUUGGUUGUCGCAAUGGUAAACUAAAUUCCAACUUAAUGGCCUUAGAAAAGCAAGAUGAGUCGUCUGCUUCUAACGUACAAUUAUUAAUUUCUAAUCUAGUCAUGUUGUUAAUAUGUAUACAUGUUUUAUAAAGCUAGAUAUAUUAUCAAUGUAUUCCUCAUAUCAGUUUAUAUGAUGCGAGAAUUUUUGUCAUAAUAAGUUUGUUAACAUUGUUUUUUGAGUGAUUUAAAGAGAAAAGGAACAUAUUUAUAUAGAAUGAGGUUGAAAUGUUAUAUUUUUUGUAACUUUCUAUGAGAACACUUGCCUUUCUUACGUUAUUGUAAAACAAAUCGCAUUAGAGUGGAAAGGAAAAAAAGUAUGGUGUAUAAGUGUGGACAAAAUAUCUUUAAAGCUAGUAAAUAAUCCUUAUUUUUGUCUGUCUUUUAGUUGAACACAUUCGAAACAGUUUAGAUACGGAGGAAAAUCUCUUUUUUAUUAAUGUAUUAAUGAAACCGUGGGGGGAGGGGGAAUAAAUCAAAGACGUAUCUAAUAAAUGUGGAUAAUUGUAAAUUGUGUGCCUACAUGGACGAUCAUCUUUUAAAUGUAUACAUGUAAUGUUUACCUGCUUAAAGCAGAUACGUAAAUGCGUGUGUUAUUGAUUGUUAAGUUACAUGAAUUCAUCUGUGUACAUGUGACUGGUUUCUAUUCCAAAUGCUCUAAUGCAUUCUUAACACAGGGAUCAAUUCUCGGCUCAAAUAACAUCUCGCGGCAUCUCGCGGUACUAGUAUUUCAACUUCAUUCCCCUAAUUCUACAUGUUUACUUACUAGGUAAUAUUCACACACAAUUACACUCAUCAUUUUGAACGAACACUUUAAUUGAAAAUACAUAAAUAACUAUUGAUUACUUUAAUUAAAGUGCGAAAUUUCUUAUCUAACGUUACGAUAAAGGAGUAAUUCAGUGAAAAUUGAAAUAUCUGUAACAUGCAGAUGACAAAAUCUUUAGUCAUUUUUAAAUGAACAUUGACAUAAUUAGAAAUUUAGAUUUCCAUCUUACAUCACCAUCACGUGAUCACUAUUUGACAUGUACAUUUACAAUCCUUUGAAGAACUGUUCUUCAUAUUUCGAUUUUUUUUUCACGUGAAGAACGUGCACGUCAUUGGAUGACUCGUGUCAAAUAUAAAGAACCAAAGUUUAUCAGUAUUUAAGUCUUGCCGUUCUUAGACAUUCUGUUAGUGCCAUUAUAUGCCUUGCCAUCUUCUGGUUGUGAUAGAGGAAGGACGAGUAUUAGUUAUCAACUGUUUUUUUAGUUUUUGUUUCCGUAUUUUCCGAGAGUUCUUUUUUAAGCAUUAGUGAUUUAAUAUCCUUAAUUAUUUCAUAUUUAAGUACACAAAAGAGGCUAUAAAUUACCUCCUAUGACAGUCGUGGCAAAUAAAACCAACUGGGAAAGUUUUAUGACCGAGCGCGGAACUUAAUUCUCAAGAGCGACUUAACUCUAAGCUGGCUGCAAUCCGUGCGACCAUUACAAAAUAAUAUGAGCCGUGUCACGACAAAACCAACAUAGUGCGUUGGCGACCAGCAUGGAUCCAGACCAGCCUGCGCAUCCGCGCAGUCUGAUCAGGAUCCAUGCUGUUCGCUAUCAGUUUUUCUACUUGUUAUAGGGUUUGUAAGCUGAUCAGACUGCGCGGAUGCGCAGGCUGGUCUUGAUCUAUGCUGGUCGCCAACGCACUAUGUUGGUUUUGUCGUGACACGGCUCAUAUUACAUGACAUACGGCAGGAUCAUGUCGUCUGAUCAUGUCUUCAUUGUUCGCUGUUCAGACAGUAAAUAUUUUGAAAUUUUCCCUAAAAGAAAUUAAUGAUCUUGUCCAGAUUGAAAGAUGGACGAGUUCAUUUAAGAUGUUAAGCGUAGUAAGUGUUAAACUUAAGUACCUACCAUUGUUUUAAGUGGUCACAUUUCAGAAUAGCACUUAAAUAAAGUUUCCAUUUUUCAGUAUUCUAAUUUACUUAUUUCUUUGGGCAAGGGCUAUGAUUUAUAAAAUACUCAUAUCCUAUCAUGGAGCAUCAUGUUGUUUAACUAUUUGGUGUCAAGAUAUUAAGAAAUGUCAAGUAGAUAAAUUAAGUACUAAAGUAACGAUGUUCUAAAAUAAACUUUGAUACAUUGGAUGUUUUCCCUUGCAUGGUCUGUUUCAGAUUUUAUGUCUAGUAACAGUGACCCAGUUUAUUUGUUAUAUUUUCUAAUUUUAUAAUUGUGAUUACACGAAAAUUACUUUAUCAUAUUAAUAUAUUUUAAUUAACUUACUAAGUCUGGAAACUUUUUACUAGAAAUAAGGUGUAGAACACCUCUUAUUCUCGUCACUUAAAUACUUAAUUACUUAGACAUGAAUUUUUUAUUUUCUUUUUUUUUAAUCUUUUUGUUUUGUUAAAAGUUGAUGGCUAAAAAUAUAUUGUGUGUUAGAAACGUAAAUUUAUGUCGUUGGAAGAACAUGAUUAUUAUUGUUGUUAAUAUUAACGAGGUGUAAAUACUCACUUAUCUAUAUUAUUGAAUGAAUGGUGUGUUAAAAUGUUAUUGUAGUAAGUGAUGCUGUUAUAAAAAAGUAGUUCCGGCGGUUUCACACUGCGCAUGUUUAAAUGUUUAUAAAUGCUAUAAGUGCUAUACAAGCGUAGAUAACUGUGUGUUUGUGUGAAGCAUUUAUUUUUCACCCAUAUUUAGUACAAUGAUCUGUCCCUUCAUUUCAUCUGUUGUUGAAAAAACAGCAUCACGUGACAAUUUUGUAACGUUACGUCACAUGACCUACAUUUCAUUUAAAGACCAAUUGGAACUACGUUAAUGCUAUUUUCACGUAAUUCUGUUUAUACUAUACGUUCUCCUUUUCAUCAUUUUGUUCAUGAAAAAAUAUUCUUAAACCAAAGUAAAACUUGUGUAUCAAAUUGAUAGAGUGAAUAGAUAUAUGAUUUUAUCGGAAAUAUGUCACGUCUGUACACCAAAUAAGUUGCCAUACUCAUAACUCAUUAGGAUGUUUUAGGUAACAAAAAUUAGCUUUUGCUGGACUCAAAAAACAACUUUUGGAUACGAAAUUAUUGUGCGAGUUUUAAAAAAUGAACACAAUUGUUGGAAGUGUUGUUACCAUUUCCUUAGUCAUGUUGUCAGUAUUUAUAUUUUUACGAUUGUAUUCUUCUAUUAUUUAAGCAUUAUGUUUAUAAGAAAUCCCCAUUUUUCCCUAUUUCUGUUCUUUUAUUUUAUAUGCAAUAUUUAUUUAUGUACAAACGGCUCUAUGUAUAUAGUGUAUAUAUUAUUUUUUGCAAUGUAGAUUAACGAACUUCUAUUUUAUUAUAAUUAAACACUGUUUUAACCUUUUUUUUAUUUGUCAUAAAAUAUUUUAUGUUUGUUUAUAAGAACAAUCCCUGUUUCUAUUUGUUUACUUGUUUGCAUAAAACACUCUUAAUUAAUUUUUCUUAAACUAAGUUAUUUUUAAUGAAUAUUAAAGUGACAUUAUGCUAAUAUUUUCAUAGUCAAGUUGAGCUGAAUUGACUUUAUAUUUCAAAAGAUUGACUGUCAAAAUGGUGUUUUACCAACAGUUGAUAUUGAAAAAUGUUUAGGAUAAAAUUAUAAAUCUGCCUAAAAUAUAAAAAGACUGCCUCAAUCAUUUUAUAAAGUAAGCGUUAUAUGUAAAUUCUAAUGGAUAUUUACAGAAAUUUCGUUUGGAUCUGUACGUUAUUUAUUGAUUAUUUGGAAUUAAUUAUUUUAUUAAAAGGAAUGAUGGCAAAAUGAACACUUAUUUUGAUCUUCACCCGUUCACUCACUAUUUACCCUUGGAUGGGCAUAAUGUCUCUUUAAAUAGUUGUACAAUAUUUUCACACUUUCUUUCCAUUAUUUUUUUGCUUUGGGUUUAUUUUUUUGCAAUAAGUGUAUCAUAAUUUUGAUAAAUAUUUCACCAUUGUUCACCUGCAUUGUUGUCUCAAUGUUUUUAUGUUUGCAAGACCAUCAAUAAGCUUCCAGUAGGACACAAAUACUCGAGUUGAACAGCUCUGUUAAUUUAGCUUUUUCUUCUGAUGUUUGAAAUUGAGAUUACUAGUAUAUAAGUAGAUAUAGAUAUGUUUGACUCAGUAUAAACGGUAUAUAUUACGGAUAUAUCGUCAUCCAAUAGGGUCGUGUAUAAUUAUUCGAUAAGAGCAGUCACGUGGUGUUCCAUUAUUAUCUUAUAGUAGUGAUGAAAUUAUCAAACAACUGUUUAUAUUCGACCAUUUAACCUUUUAAAAAGUCUUUAUACCAAUUUAUAAUACUGCGAAACUGAUUUUUUUGGUUAUUUUUUUUUCUUUUUCUUUUUUAAUUUGUAAUAGUCGGUAAUAUAAAUAAUAUAAAUAUUAUGAUUAUCCAAUGAAAGCAUUCGUUGCGAACAUAAAAUUAAAAAAUGAAAAUGUUAUUGUACAGAAGCAAAUUAUAGUUACAUGUGAAUGAUUAAUUAGAGUGAUGGAUUGUGUUUAUAUUUCUUCAAACAAACGAUUAUUAAUGAGACAUAUGUUCAUGAAUAUACAUGAUCAUUGCAAUAACACAAUUAUAUGUAUGCCAAUUUUCAACGUGUAACUACGUUUAAAUGUUUUGUUUAUUAUCUUUGCUGCACUUAUUUUAGAUCUGUACCCACAUUACUCAGAAUGUCCCAUGUUCAUACUCUUAUACUCAGCUAAAAUGUCAGGCCGGUUAUCUUUUAUUUUUGUGGUGCAAUACUCAAUUUUGUCUAGCAUAGCAUUUUUUAAUCAUUGUCCCUUAAGUUCCUUAUAUAAACAUUUUUCAUAUUAUGUAGAUAGCAUCAAGGUACAACAAUAAAUAGGCUUUUUAAUUAUAAUUGUUAAAUUUAAAUUCACACUGCGAAAGUCAGUGUUUUUCUUGCAAUGUUUCCCCCCCCUUCAGAUUUUGUUCUCCAUCACGUAUGUUGGUUUUAUGACGCCUGCUUUGAGAUUAUUUACAAUAUGACGUCACUGGUAUAAUGUUAUACCAUGUUAUACCAUAAGCCUAGUUCAUGAUAUGACCUCAUUGAUCACGUGAUAGUGUUAUAUACCAUAAGCCUAGUUGUUGUUGUAGCUUUACCUGUCAUUUUCAUAAUCGUAUUCUGAUGACAAAACCAUAAACCAUAAACUAAAGCAAAAUAAAAACUAAAACAGCUCUA